AAGCAGUUCAACAGCUACACCCUGGACUUUGACAUCAUGCUUAUCAAACUUGCAGACCCAGCUGUUCUGAAUGAGCUUGUACAGCCAAUCGGUUUGCCCAGCCAAUGCACCACAGCAGAAACACAGUGUCUUGCUUCAGAAUGGAGCAGCAGCAACUCUGACGGAACAGGCGGCCUUCUGCAAUGCACCGACCUUCCCACCACAUCUGAUGCCAUGUGCAGCAAUGCCUAUCCAGGACAGUUCACCGACAGAAUGCUCUGUGCUGGGCAGCUGGGCAGCAGCCAAGAUACCUGCAAGGGAGAUGUGGGCAGCCCAUUGGUGUGUGAAGGAGCCCUCCAAGGACUGCUAUCCUGGAACAACAGCUGCCAUGAAGAGAACCGGCUUGGGCUCUACACAAAGGUCUGCAUCUUUGGAGACUGGAUCGACUACACAAUUGCCAACAACUAAAG